AUGGCUAUGGCAGAGAAAAAAAACGAGUACCCGCCGAGUGUGGAAGCGGACCGGAGACUUUUGCCCUUCGAUAACUGGGAAGAAUACCUGGACUCCUUGAUAGAAAUCGCCGACUUAAGAAAUCUGCGUAGUAUCGCUUCGGCUCGUACAAUCGCCGCUUUUGGCUAUAGAGCUAACGGAGACACCCUCGGAGAGAAGGAGUUUUAUACGCGUCGUGCGGUGAUUCAUGAUGUAGUAUAUCCGAAAAUAAAGGCCUACAUACUGGUCAGCGAAGGGGCUUCCUUGGACGACCCCUUCAACAGGGAACUGGCGAUACGGGAGAGAGCCAAUAGAGUUGGAAUUUUGCAGACAAUUAUAUUCGUGCGGCACUUCACGAAAGGCGGAUUUGAAAUUUCUGGUUAUAUCGACUACGCUCACCGGUUGGUUUCGGAAAACUGGACGCCCUUCUUCAAAUGCAACAAAAUGCUAUGGCCUAGGGACACUGACUUAGGCUACUAUCAUUGGCGCCAUGGAACAGUUCGGAGCAAUAUGAGCAGAAAUUACAAGCCUAUAAUGGACCCAGACAGAGGUUUAUUGUUCCAAAAUCGCCAUGACCACAAAAUCAUUUGUCCAGACCCUGAACAGGAUCCUGGACAAAACACCAACAAGCUAAGAAUAUAUUCUCCACGUUAUACACAAAUAGAAAUUUAUGACCACGUCGUAAGGCGGAAAAGUUAA